AUGUCAUCAAACCAUGAUUUUGAUAUUGAAGAAAAGAUAGCUUCAUUGAUUUUAGCAUUUAGUCAUAAAAGAGAAGUGAUUUUAGAAGUUUUAAAAAGAAAUAACUAUGGAAUUGAUGCAUCGGCUUUGGAAUUAUCUGAAAUGCCAGUAGUAGAACAACCACCAUCACACCAACCACCACAAUUUAGACAAUCAAAUAAUAAUAAUAAUAAUAAUUAUCCAUCAAAUAGACAAAUUCCACAACAACCACCACCACAAUAUCAACAAUAUCAUCAACAACAAAAACCACCACAACAACAACAACAACAACAACAACAACAACAACAACAACAACAACCACAACAACAACAACCACAACAACAACAACAACAACAACAACAACAAGAUAAAGAAAGAAGUGAAUUAAUAAAAGAUAUUGAAAAUUUAAUUGGAAAUAAUAGUUUAGAUCAAUCUACAAUUUAUGCAGUUUAUCAACAAUCUAAUAAAUCAAUUGAUCAAACCAUUAAAACUAUUAAAGAAUUAACAUUUGAUCCAAAUGAAGAACUUAAAAAGAUUGAAGCUGAAAUUGAAAUGAGAAAGAAAGAAGAGGAAGCAAUGCUUGAAGCAAAGAAACAAAAAGAAAAACAAGAACAAUUGAAGCUUACUGAACAACAACGUAUUGAACGUGAACAAAAACAACGUAUGGAACGUGCUGAACGUGAACAACAACAACGUCUUCGUGAAGAAUAUGAAAGAAGAUUAAAUAUGGAACUUCAAAAGAAAUUGGAAAUCGAGAGACAAGAACAAGAAUUGACCAGAAGAAAACAAUUGGAACUUGAACAAAUUAUGAUCCUCAAGAAACAAGAAGAGGCAGGACUCCGUAUUCUUCAAGAACAAAGAGAACAUCAAGAAAAAGUUCGUCUUGCUAAAGAGAAAGAGGAGGAAUUAAAAAAAAGAACUAUGGAAGAAGAAGCAAGGAGAUCGGCAAUUCGUGCACAAGAAAUUGCAAGAAUGUCUAAACAACAACAACUCGAAGAGGAAGCCAAACGUUUGGAACAACAAAAGAGACAAGAAGCAGAGUUUAUACUUGCAUUGGAAACCAAAUCCAAAGAGGCCAACCUUAUGCAACAACAAGCCUUUUUCUUAAAACAAAAAGAACAAGAGAAUCUCCAAUUGAUUGAAAAACAAAAGAAAGAGAUCUAUGAAAAUCAAAUUCAAAUUGAUAUUUUGAAACUAAAAGAAAUGGAAUCUCAAAAUCAAAGCAAAUCAAUGUUGGAGAAAGCUCAACAAGAAAUUCAAGACCUCAAGAAGAGAUUGGCUGAUGGUGAAACCAAAUUCAAUCAAGAAACCGUAAAGAAAACCUCUGAUGAAGAAGAGCUCAAAAAACAAAUUCAAGAACUUGAGCAACAAAAAGAUGUACUUCGCAAACAAAUUCAAGAACUUGAGGUUGUUCAAAAACCAAGAUUGGAGCAAUUGGAACAAGAAUUGAAAAAUAAAGAAUUGGAACUUCAUAACACCAUCAUCUCUAAUCAAGUCUCUUUGGCUUCAAGUCUCGAAGAAAACUCCACCGAUACCAUUGUUGUUCAUUGGAAUUUGGAAAAUAAAUUUGAAGAUGGUACUCCAUAUUGGAUUGGUGUUUUCCCAACUCACCAACCAAAGAAUGAUCGUUAUCUCUCCUUCAAACACAUAGAAGGUAAAGAGGGUUUGGUUAGUUUCCCAUCCAUUAUUCCAGGUCAUUAUGAAGCUCGUCUCUUUAAGGAUAAAUAUACUCUUAUUCAAAAGUCUAGCUCCAUUCAAGUUGGUCCAUCCGUUACUUUAUCAGCUCAUGUAAUUGGUGAUGAAAUCUCUGUCACCUAUAAAGUAAACUCUGAAACUGGUGCCAACACUAAAGAUUGGAUCGGUAUUUAUCAUCCAAUUCAACGUAAUAAACAUUACAUUGAGUCAUUGUAUGCUUCAACCUCUGGUACCAUCACUUUCAAAUCACCAAGAAUACCAGGUCUCUAUGAGAUUCGUUACUUUUUACAUCCAACCAAAUAUAAUGAACAAGCAAAGAUCUCAUUUGAAAUCAUUGAUAACGAUAAGAUUCAAGUCCUUAGUGAAAGUCAAUCUUGUCUUACCCUCUCACCAGAUCAAGAGUUUAGAGUUGAAUAUGUUGUAAACACAACCGCUCCUUCCUCUUCCGAUUGGGUUGGUAUUUUCCCUGUUGAUGAAAUUAAUAACAAACAUUACAUUCAUUCCAAAUAUACAACUUCCGCUGCAUCUGGUGAAUUAACCUUUAGAGCUCCACUUAAGACUGGUGAUUAUGAAGCAAGAUUCUUUUCUUAUGCAAAAGGAAAAUAUAUUGCUCACAAGGUUUCAAAUAAAUUCUCUGUGUUUCCUCAAUCAAAUUAA